AUGAGACGGGAAAGGGGAAAAACGAGAAGCCCACGGGAAAAGGGGGAAGGGCAGAAAAGCAACGGGGGAGAAAGAGGCGAAAGGCACAAAGAGCAAGCCAGAGGAGAGGGGGAGGCGGAAAGAAAAAAGCGCACAAAGGCCGAACGGCAGAAGGAAACGGAAGAGGAGGCACGGAAGGGGAGGAAAAGCAGAAAACAAGCGAAAGAGGAGGAAAAACACGAAAGGGGAGGCAAGGAGGCAGACGGAACGAAAGGGGGGCAAGACAGCGAAAAGCAGAAGGCAAAGACGAAAGAAAGGAGGGAGAGAGGGCCAAGAAAACAGGGGGGCCAAAAGGCGGAAGGGAGGAAAAAAGCACGCGCCAAAACGCAAGGAAGAAGAGGAGGAAGGGCAGAAAAGGGCAAAGAAACCAAAAAAGCAAGAAAGAGCCAGAAGAAGAGGAGGAGGGGAAGGGGGAGACGAAAGAGGAAAAACAAGAGGGAAAACGGGGAACCGGAAAACAGGGCGGAGAGCACGGCAAAAGGGAAGAAACGGAAGGCCGAAAAGAAAGGCCACAGAAAGCAAGGGGGAAACAAGGCAGGACGGAAGACCAGAAAAAGAAGGGGAGCAGGAAGGAAAAGAGGAAGAGGAAGAAGGAGCAGGAGAAGCACGAGGAACAGGGAAGAAGGACAAACAGGGGAGACAGAGCGGAAGGGGCCAGAGGCGGAAGGAGAAAAGGGGACGAGGGCAAAAGGGGGAACAGCGAGAACAGGAGGGACCAAGAAGAAGAAACGGGAAGGAAGGAGGGGGGACCGGAAGGAGGCAAACGGCAGCGAGCGAGAGCACGAACAGCGAGAGCGAAGAAAGCCGCCAAAAGCGCCCAGCGGCACGGAGAGGGGAGGGGAAGCGCCCAAGGGGACGCAACAGGGAGGGGAAGAACACGAGGACCAGAGGAAGAAGAAGGAAAAAGGAAGACAGGGGAAGCGGACCAAGGGACCAAAGAGAGGAGAUGACCAGGAAGGAAGAAUGAGGAGGAAAGAGAAGAAAGGAGAGGAGCCCCGAAACGGAAGAACAGGAAGGAAGAAGGAAAGAAGAAGGACAAGAAAGGGAAAACGGGAAGGAAGGGAGGCAAAGACGAAGCGCAAGGGACCACAGAAGAAGGAAGCCAAGACGAGAAGGAGGCAGGAGACGGAAAAGGAAGGGAGAACCAAAGGACCAAGAAGGAAAGGCAAGAGAACGAGGGACAGGGCGGCCAGGAAAAAGACGGAAGAGGAGGGGAAGGCCCGGAAAACGAGGAAGAGAGGAAAACAGAAGCAACGGAAAGAAGAGGGAGAAGGCGGAAGGGCCAAAACAAGAAGGAGAAGGCGGAAGGACGGGCAAAGGGAAGGGGAAGCCGGAAACCGGAAGGACGCAAAAGCACGCAAGGAGAAGAAGGAGAGCACAAAAGGACGGAAGGCAGGCCCAGAAACCGGAAGGGCCAAGGGAAGGAGAACAGGAAGGAGAACG